CUCUCUCUCUCUCUCUCUCCAUACAUACAAAUACCAGUACAAAUACACAUACCGUUUCAGUAAAAAGAGAAACAAACCCCUUAUUUAUCCUGCCAAAGAAAAAGAUGCUUCGACUGAGCAACAACCUGAUCGGGAUCCUAAACUUCCUGACCUUCCUCCUCUCCGUCCCCAUCCUCUGGGCUGGCAUCUGGCUCCACCGCCGAGGCAUCACCGAGUGCGAGAAGUUCCUCGACACCCCACUCAUCGUUCUCGGCGUCUUCCUCCUCCUCGUCUCCCUCGCCGGCCUCGUCGGCGCCUGCUGCCGCAACUCCUUGCUCCUAUGGAUCUACCUCGUCGUCAUGUUCCUCCUCAUCCUCGUCCUCUUCUUCUUCACCAUCUUCGCCUUCGUGGUCACCAACAAGGGCGCCGGGGUAGUGCUGUCCGGCAAAGGGUAUAAGGAGUACCGCCUCGGGGAAUACUCGCACUGGUUGCAGAAGAGGGUCAACAGCACCAAGAAUUGGAGUAAGAUCAAGAGUUGCUUGAUGGAUGGUAAGGUGUGCCAGAGUUUGGUUGGUCAGGGGGUUAGUACUACGGUUGAGCAGUUCUCUAAGGAGAACUUGACCUCUAUUAAGUCCGGUUGCUGCAAGCCAUCGAAUGACUGCAAUUUCGCUUAUGUUAGCCCAACCAACUGGACUGCCACAGCAACCUCUUCAUACACCAAUACAGAUUGCAAGUUGUGGAGCAAUGAUCCAAGUGUUCUGUGCUUCAACUGCCAAUCAUGCAAGGCUGGGCUGCUGGAUAACAUCAAGCAUGAUUGGAAGAAGGUGGCUGUGAUCAACAUUAUAUUCCUUGUCGUCCUCGUUAUUGUUUACUCGAUUGGAUGCUGUGCUUUCAGGAACAACAGGGAGGACAAUUUCAUGUGGAAGGGACCAUGAGCACUCAGGCCACGGGAUCCUCUUUAUAAAAAAUCUGUGUUCAUCUGUCCCUAUGCACUCUCAGAUGCAUGAUCACGUUUCGAACUUUGUGUGCUGGAAAAUCUGACAAUUUCAGGCGGUUAGGAGUGGAUUGGGGACCGGAGAUAGAGAUUUUGGGGAUAGAGGAACCCCAGUCGAGCCCUUAUUCUGAAUGUUUUCGUAGUUGUUAGUGUGUGAUGUGUUAGUAGCUGCAUCUUUUGUACUAAUUUACUAUCUUCUGUAGUUUUGUAGUAUUUCUUUAUCCUUUGACUGAUUCUGACUCUUUUAUUUGUUAGCUAACAGUCUCUGUGGAUGUAUUGGUCGUAUUUUAUAGUACUACUGCCCAGGUUUCUUCA